AUGAAACAGGGGUACCUAGAUGAGCAAUUUUGCCAGGUGGAAGACUUGCAGGAUGAAGCUAGUCCUAAUUUUGCGGAAGAGGUUGUCACUUUGUUUUUCAAGGACUCAGCCAGGCUAAUAUCAAAUGUUGAACAAGCUCUAGAAAAAUACCCCAAAGAUUUCAAUAGAUGGGAUGCAUACAUGCAGCAGCUAAAAGGCAGCUGUUCCAGCAUUGGUGCUUCAAGGAUGAAGAGUGAGUGCAUGUCAUUCAGGGAUUACUGUGGACAGGGAAAUGUUGAAGGUUGCAUGAGAUCGUUCCAGAAAGUGAAGAGGGAGCACGGUGCCCUGAGGCAGAAACUAGAGGCCUAUUUCCAGAAGCGAAUUGUUGCAGUGCCCUACACUUCAGGAUCAAGGCGAUCAAGGAGGGAUUGCAUGUGGAUCAGGACGCUGUGCAGUGCUUAUGUUGGACCGCCUAGAUUAGUGGAAGCUAUUGACAAGGCUAUUAAUCAUGUUGAUGCUCCAUGGAUGAUAGGCGUGGUUUAUGUUUAUCGACACACAAAUGAUGGAUAUUAUACUAUUGCUUCUGUCGGGACAAUGGCAGAGAUACAGAAAAUUCAACAUUUGGAUGACAGUUCAUCAUGUAUUUUCUCUCAUGGUCAGCAGCGGUUUCGUCUUAUGUGCCAUUGGUUGGAUGUCGACGGAGUACCAUGGGGUGAAGUCCAAAUUAUUGAAGAAGAUACACCUCAAAGAACUCCAAGAGAUGCUUUUGGACAGUUAGCUGCAACUAACAGUUUCAGGCAAUGUGCUUCAUCGACAGUGACCAGUUUGCAUGCGUCAUGUUCUACACAACUUGAUCAUGUGGAUUCUGAUAUGGAUAGGGAUUCUCUAUCACCCACUAGCACUUCAAGUGACUACUCAGUAACAGAUAAAAGAAUAUACCUUUUAGGUUCCCGGUCCAGUGGCUUGGUAAGGUGUGGUAUUGUGGAUGAAUCCUCAAAUGAAGGCCAAAAUUCUAUACCUGAACAGUCUUGCCAGAGCCAUAAGUCUGUAAAAGAAAUCGAUGGGUAUGGUCAGCCAGAUAAGAAUACAAACACAGGAGAUGAUGAUAAUCUUUGUUUCAUAUCCUCCAAAUCCUUUCAGAGAGCAAGAAACAAAGAUACUAAACAGCAGAAACACUACUUCGCAACAAAAAAUGCAUCACAGGCCCCAUUGUCAUUUUGGCCGCGCUGGGCUUAUGAGAUGUAUGAUUCGUAUUCACUUUCUAGGAGAGCUGCAGAUUUGUGGAGACAAGUAAUCUUAAACCCAAUCAUGGAUGAUCAUGUGAGGAAACCAAAUUAUUUGUCAUUUUGCUUUGGAAGCAAACUUCCUAUCUCAGAGUCUCUAAGGCAAGAAUUGCUUGAGAUUGAUGGAAUCUCAUAUCGACUACAGCGGGAGAUUCAGCUACUCAAAGCCUUCAAUAUCAUACGAUGUAGAAAUUGCCUGACCCGUAUUGCAAGACGAAGUGACAUGGUGGUGACGUCCAGUGACAGCCCGAUGAUGACUCACAGCAAGCCCCACAGUUCUGUGAAAGAGAUUAUCACAGUAUACAGUGCCACUGGCCUUGCACUGCGCGGCGACCCUUCCAAAACUCACAGCUGGUUUCCAGAAUACACAUGGACGAUCGCGUUGUGCAGUGCCUGCCAGUCCAAUAUAGGCUGGCUGUUCAGAGCCGAUAACAAGAACCUGCAUCCGAGAUCCUUCUGGGCGAUACGCACUUCCCAAGUUUCAGAUGAUACACAAUCAAGAUAG